AUGAGUAUCAGACUCCAACCAUACGAGCCCAGCAUGUCCCCCGAUUUAUCCAUCUCACAGUCAACCUUGGACUCCGAAUCUUCUCCCUCAUCAGUCGAGGUGAGUCAAGCCCGCGCAAGACGGAAUCCAUGGACUGAUAUCAGAUCUCCUUCGCCAGAGAUACUCCGCAGCGCUGGACGCCCUGAACGCCAGCAACCACAACCUCGAAUACAAGAUCGCCAAGAUCCAAGCACGCAAUCUGCGCCUCAAGCUCGACCUGAUGAGACUCCAACGUCACGUCACAUCCUUCCAUCACGAUCUCCUGGCCACAUGGGAAGCCGACAUCCUGACGAGCCUUAUCGAGGUGGUUUACCAACGACAAGGUCGGAAGCUACACCGGGGACACAUCAGCGACCUAAGAAGGCUCGAUCGGAAGGCUCUAUCGGCGAUGUAUACCACGGCAGCGGGGAGAAUCGGCAGGAGGGCACUUAG